UCAUCAAAAUAUAUAAGUAUUAUCUGCGAGUGCAUUAUUGUUGGAAAAAAUAUAACGUUUUUUCAAUUACUUCUGCUUGGUGUGAAGUUAAGUUGUCGGGGAUUGGUGUACGUCAGAGUUUAAAAGUAUAUCGAUAGCCCCAGCCUGAAAAGCGAAACUCGAGGUGUUUUGAUACUUGCGACUUGCCGUAGUUCAGGAAUCCGGAAGCAGUGCUGCUGUCAUCUAACUAACCAAACAAACAUGGGCUGAUUUUGGACGUCAUUAAGAGGCGUAGUCCUCCAUAUGCAAGUCGAGAGAAGGUGACUGGAAGAACUUUCCUGUAUUUGUUGAAGCUUUUUUUUACAUCAGCCAUGGCUCUGGAGGAAGAGGAGCUGACCGUCAAUGAGCCCAAAGAGGUGGACAUAUGUACACCUGUGUGCUGCCUGGGUUACCUGUCCGGCAUUAACCUCGUUGUGGCGCUAUGCGUUGGCAUGUACGUUCGCUGGGACGUGACGAGUGAACCGACGAUUCUGGUCAUCUUCAUCCUCGGCCUCGUCGUCCUGGGGAUCGCCAGCAUCCUCCAUUACUACUUUUCCAUGAAGAACGCGAGUCUCAGCUUGUUCCAUUUGUGGGUCGGCUUCCUGCUCGGCCUCGUCUGCUUCCUCAACAGCUCCAGCUUGACUUCCAAUGUCAUCGAACUGGUCGCCAACUAUCUCCUGUUGGCCAGCGCAAUAAUUAAAACGAUGUGGGCUUUAAGUGAGCGAAUAUUCAGCUCCAUCCGCCACAAACCCACCUUGCUCACAUCAGCUGAGCUACUCGAGCUCCUGGGAUUUGGCGUUGCCAGCAUGUGCAUGCUUCUUAACAAGUCGGCGGCCAUUAUGGGUUUGGUGGUGGCCCUGGGGGCUCUCAUUGUGGACCUGAGGAUGAAAUCCCUCCUGGCUUUGCCUAACCUGGCCAGUUUUGCCUUGGUCACCUCUCUCGUGUUUUUCCAGGCCUUAGGCAUUACAGCCAACCCUUAUGCCCUAGGCUGCUACCUGGGCAGGCUGCUGUGUGAGCCUGUGUUGGAUGUGUACUUCAGCGCUCUGGGGCCGAGCGAGCGCUGGAUGCCAGUGCUCUCCCUGGGGAGUGUGUGGAGGAGGCUGUCCCUGCUGCCGCUGAGUCUGAUUGAGCUGGCCUUCUUUGUCCUGGCUGCUUUAAAGCUCGGCCACUUGGAGCUCUGGUAUCUGGUGAUUCCAGGCUUCUGUCUGUUUGCCGUUUUCUGGAUCAUCUGCCACGUCAUCUUGCUGUUGACCAUAUGGGGCUUCCACACCAAGUUGAGUGAUUGUCAGAAGGCUUGGCAGGCUCAGCGAUCCAUAAGCCGGAGUCUCAACCAAGUCAUGGCCUCCAAAGGCAUCCGACACUUCUGCCUCAUUUCAGAACGCCUGGUGUUCUUUAGUAUCCUGUCAACGGUCACACUGGGAGCCGUUUCCUGGCAGUCCUCCAACGGCCUCUUCCUCUGUGCUCUGCUCGUGGUGCUGCCUUUGGAGUCGCUCGCCCACGGCUUCUUCCACGAGCUCGGCAGCUGCCUGGGGGGAACCUGCGUUGGCUACGCCCUGAUCAUACCUACUGCUUACUGCAGCGCCGAUGGCCAGCCCACCCUCCUGCCCCCUGAGCAGGUCCAACAGAUGAACCUGCGCUCAACGGGGAUGCUGAACAACGUGCAGCGCCUCUUCUCCCACCACAUGAUCCAGACGUUCGGCUGCGACUACUCCACCAGCGGCGUCACGCUGGAGGCCGUGCAGACGAAGCUGCGCAGCUUCCUGGAGCUUCGUACUGAUGACGGGCCCCGCCACGACACCUAUUUGAUUUUCUACAGCGGGCAUUCACUCAAAGGCACCGGCGCUUGGGCUCUGGCUGGAGGCGAGAGCCUCCCCCUGGCCCAGCUGCUGGAGUUGUGGAAGGAGAAGAACGCGGGCCACUUCUCCCGGCUCAUCCUCGUCCUGGACACUGAAAACUCCCUCCCCUGGGUGAAGGAGAUCCGCAGGAUGGAGGGCAGCUAUGUCGCCGUGCAGGGGGCGGAGCUGUCGGUCAAGGUGGACCCAGAAUCUGGAGACGCCCCCCUCCUCGGGGACUUCACUUCCGAAUGGGUGGAGUUCAACUGCAGCCCGGACAGCGACACCCAGUGGUCGGAAAAGGGAAGGACCGUGGUGGCCGCGUACGGCGUGUCCAAGCGCUGGAGCGACUACACGCUCCACCUGCCCACUGGCAGUGACGUGGCCAAGCAUUGGAAGACCCACUUUCCCAAUGUUACAUAUCCCAUGGUGCACCUCUCCAACUGGUGCUGUGGCCUCAACCUGUUCUGGCUGUGUAGCGUGUGCCUGCGCUGCUUCCGGAGGUGUAAGCUGGCUUGGUUCCCACCGUCUGUACUGGACACCGGGCAGGGCAUUAAACUGGUGCAAUCUUAGAUAACGCCACAUGUUGAUGUGUACAUUCUGAUGCUGAUAGUUAAAAAAAAAAAAUUUUAUAAACCGCUGGGUACGAGGUGUUUUAUAGACUGAACAAAUUAUACUUGUAUACCUGUAAUGCACAAACAGGCAUUGGGUUUAGCCUCGUGAGCACAACGUGGCUGUCGGUCAGAAAGGUUAUUCAACAACUACCAAAUCAUUUUUGCAUUAUGCUUAAUUGCUAGGAUGCAGAGACAUUGUGCUGUUAUUAUAUUAUAGGCUCAAUAUUGUACAGCCCAAAAUGAGGGGAUGAAAACAAAUGCAGAAAUCAUUUAUUCUAUGCUUUGGGAAAUCACAUUAAUGGCGAUUUAACUAUAUUUAGUAUGUAGCUGUGGUUUAUUAACAUAUGAGCUAAACGACCAAAUGUUGUGUAAAUAUAUUAUAUUUUAGGGCUGAGUGAUAUGUUCUUGAAUACUAUUUUUCUAUUACUGCAAAACAAUUGGAAAGGUUUCCGGUUCUCUUUUUUUACAAAGUUUUUUCCAAUUUUUAUUUUGCAAUAUCUGUGUCUCAAAGUGCCUCCAAUAUAGAUUUCGAUCUUUAA